UGUAAACGGCCAUGUCGUGGUAGAAGUCAGUCCAGCAGCGAGCGAGGCUUUCUAACGGCGUUCAUAAUUAUUCUGUGUAAUGUAGUCUUAGAACUACGGCUCUGAAAGCAACACGUCUCACCUUUCGUUUGACAUUUAACAAUUCCGUUUAAAGUCGCGUGUCAUUAAAGCCCGAGGGCAAACAUGAGUGGAGGAGGGACGCCGUAUAUCGGCAGCAAAAUUAGCCUAAUCUCCAAGGCCGGGAUUCGCUAUGAAGGAAUUCUGUACACCAUUGACACUGAACACUCGACAGUAGCUCUCGCUAAAGUUCGCUCUUUCGGCACGGAGGAUCGCCCCACCGACAGGCCCGUGCCACCCCGCGAGGAAGUGUUUGAGUACAUCAUCUUCAGAGGGAGCGACAUAAAGGACCUUACAGUGUGUGAGCCGCCCAAAGCCACUAGCUCCCUGCCUCAGGAUCCUGCUAUAGUUCAGUCAUCACUUGGAUCCAGCAAUGCCUCAGCGGGGCCGUCAUUCCAGCCGGCUGGGUCCUAUGCAGCGAUCAGCAAGGCCUCUGUUCCGCCAUACAGCCAGUUUGGUGUCGCACCCCUUGCACCUCAGCAGUUUGGUUCCACCGGAGCCGGAGGGCGCAUCAGUCCCCAGCUGGACUCGAUACCGAAACGUCCCUCCCUGGAGCAGACAGUGAAGGCCCCACCAUCAGCUACUGCGGCACCGCUUCCCCCUGUAGGGCAGAGGGGUCCAUCAGUCCCGGCAGCUACCAGACCCGCUGCCCCCUCCACUGGCAGCCAGAGGCCCCCCGACCUCCUGGAGCAGAGAAGGGCUCCUGAGGUCCAGAAGGUGUUGCAGCCAGAACACGAACACUGUGCACUUGAAAACAGAGAUCCCAACAAGCGUCACGCCGUUCAUUUGGCAGCCGCUGCUCAGCCCCCACGCCGUGGCCGCGGGAGAGGAAACCGCAGCAGGGGCAAACUCAAUAUGCGCAGGGACGGCGCCAUGACAUUUGAAGAAGACUUUGACUUUGAGACGGCCAACGCCCAGUUCAACAAAGACGAGAUCGACAAAGAGCUCCAGAACAAGCUGAAGCUGAAAGAUGACAAGACUGAAAAGGCGGUAAAUGGAGAAGAAGCAGCAGAGUCUGAACAUCCAGCCAACGAGGGCACCACCCCGGUCACCACCACCACCAACGAGGAGGAGGAGGCCGCGAUAAGCACCUACUAUGACAAGACCAAGUCCUUCUUUGACAACCUGUCCGCUGAUGACUUAAGUAAAGGGGGUGAAAGAGGAUUUUCAAGGGAGCGUAGGACCACCUGGGCAGAAGAGAGGCGAAUGAACUCCGAAACAUUUGGCAUCCCCUUGAGGCACAACCGAGGAAGAGGAGGUUUCCGCGGCCGGGGCUACAUGGGGCCCCGCGGCGGCAGAGGGCGGCCGCUGAGCAGAGGCUCCUUCGCGCCCCCUCGAGGUCCUCCGCCUGGAUUCCGAGGCGGGUUCAGGGGCGGCAGGGGCGGCCGGGAUUUCUCUGAUUUUGAAUACAGGAAGGACAACAAGGUGGCUGCAUAGUGCUGCAGAGACGUCUCCUUGAAGAACCCGAUCCCCUCCUCCAGAUGAUUCCUCCUGAAGAAUUUCUUUGCUCUCAACAUUUGACAGACCGAAUGAAGUCCUGCGUGACCUGCAGCGGCUGCAGUGCUUUACAUCGGGGCGGGGAGGGGGGGUGAGAGUGCAGCUCCCUUUUCUCCACUUUUGAGAAUUAGGCUUUUUUGUGUGUUGUUGUGUUUAUUGUUUUUUGGCCCAGACAUGUUUGAUAAACAGCCACCGGAUGGAGGAAGACAUUUAUAAAUUCCUUAAUUGGGAGCGAGUAUUUUUGCAUCGAUCCAGUUAAUUUCUUACAAAAGAUGUAUUUGAUAUUGAAAACCGCCAUUUGCGAGAGCCCACCGAUGCUGUGGGCAGAUCACAGGUCAUGUGAUAUUUUCUUUUUUUGUGGCAGCACCAAAAUUCAGUGCAUUUCCAUUUGCACCAUGUUCUCUGCUCAGACUUACUUAGUUUGGUUGCCACGUGUUCAGUAUUUUUUACCCAGAAUGCAGGAAAGGUUUAUUUUUUUGGACUCUUCAUUCUCCAGCUGAUAGAAACAAAAAUCUGAAGUGAAUGAUGUAAUCCAUAAACUGAUAGUCUUCUACUUGCCUCCUUCUCAGUAAAUUGUGGCUCAUCAGACAGACUCACUUUGUUAGUUUUUAGGUUUAUUUAGAAUUGCGUACAUCUUACCUAGACAUCUUGGCGCUUCUGAUGAAUUCUGCUUGUUUGUGGCUGAACUGCUCCAUGGUCGCAGCUUAAUGCAGGCGGCCAAUAGGACCUGGCCUUCUGAUCGCUAUCUGGGGUUCACCGCGUUAAGCUUUAGAAGGUUUUCUUUCUUCUUUUUUUUUGUUGACUGAGUUGUUUUUUUACAUAGUUGACAAAACAAAAAGCAUUCCCAUGAUUUCUGUCAGUUACUGUCAAAGCCGUAGAAGUUCUUAGGAAAAGUCCUGAGUGUAUUCCGUAUAAACCUGCAGUCACAAUGACUUUGAACAAGUUCAAUUUGGACCCCACCAACACCACCACCACCAAAAAAAGAGAAAUGCUUUGCUAUUUUGCCAAAAAGAAGAUGUAGGCAUUUGGUAAAGAUAUAAUAUCUGCCAGCCUAUAUCGUACCUGUUAAAUCAGCGGGGUAUUUGGCAUUAAGAAUCAAGAGUGGGCAAUGGAAGAAAAUGGUCAAUUUAUUUUAUUUGCAUAAUUGAACGCCUGCUUCUGAAGGCGAGAGCGCGCCACACACACACCUGAGCGGCUGUAGGGCCGUUGUUGGGCUGACGGACGGUUGGAGAAUUGUAAACAUAUCACUCGGUCAGCAUCAUUUUAAUUCUUACUGUUGCGUUAGCUGCAUUUUUUUUUUUCUUCAAAACUGCUUGCAGGUUUACUGAAAAAUGAGGAAUUGUGAAUGUUAUUAAAUGAUGUCUCAAAAUAAUACGUUCCACAUUUGGCCCUGUGGCUUGUUUGUAGCUCAUCUUGUUGCAUUCUCAAUGGAAUCGUUCUCUGGAGUGGCUCAAUCUGCUUUUUUUACUCUGAUUUGUUUGUACUUUAGGGAGUGCCUUUCAGAGUGAGGAUUCUUUUUUUACAGCUCUCCCUUUAACUAAAAGUCUAUAAAGGUUUUUGAUAGCACUACGAGGCGAGGCUGAUUUUUCUCAGUAGCUGCAGCUUUACAAAACAACGCAGCCCGGGAAGUGGAUGUUGCACAGGUUGCUGAUCACUGCAUGAUAAAUCAUCCCUUUUACGUUGGUUUUUUUUUCCCUGCAAUAAACAGUGGGAUCAAAUUUUGAGGCAAAGUAUUACUGGACUAUUACAAACUGACAUGUUUUCCUAUGUUCCUCCUUGACGUCACUGGAAUUGUAGACCAGGAGUUGUUUUCAUGAGAACAGCAGCAAAUUGAGUUUUUAAGUAAAAUAAAGUUGUACAAUGUC